AUUAAAUCCACUGCGCGUUGACGUCAUUGUUGACGCUUUCUCUGCCAGCCCGCGAGAGCGACAUCACGGGACUUGGUGUCUCAGCGAGCCAGGGAAGCCGAGGGACGCCGGGGGACGCCGGGGAUCUGCGAGUGCCACGAUGCAGCUACCGGAGAGGCGCACGUUCCCACGCCACCCCCAGUGCUAGUGGGCCGCUACCACCACCGCCACCACCGCCGUGUCGGUGAUGAACGGACCGCAGGGGAAUGCGUCGGUGGGGAGCGGGACGGGCGCCAUGGGGCCCGUACUCUCCCCAAUCACGGGCCCCGCCAGCAACCCUGCAGGCCGUCCCCACGGCUGCGAGAACGGCGCCCUCAUGGACCAGUUUGGCGUGUUCAUACAGGCCCUGCUGGCCCUGGUGGCCUUCAGCACGCUCAUGCUGAAGCGAUUUCGAGAGCCAUGUGGGGAGAGGAGGCCCUGGAGGAUCUGGCUUUACGACACUUCCAAGCAAAUCUUCGGGCAGCUCUUCAUCCACUUUGCCAACGUGUACCUAUCGGAGCUCACCGAGGAGGACCCCUGCUCCCUGUACCUCAUUAACUUCCUGCUGGACGCCACGCUGGGCAUGGUGCUCAUCUGGCUGGGCAUCAAGGCGGCGUCGCGUCUUGUGGAGUGGCGGCAGUGGGAGUCGCUGCGCUUCGGGGAGUACGGGGAGCCGCCCAGGUGUUGCGCGUGGGUGGGGCAGUGCGGCGUGUACCUGCUCGUGGUGGCUUGCGAGAAGACCAUCACCUUCCUUGUCAUCCUCAUCCCCUUCUGGAAGAAGGUGCAGGAGCUGAUCCUGAGCCUCAUUCCGAACCCCCAGGUGGAGCUGGCCCUCGUGAUGCUCAUCGUCCCGUUCGUGGUCAACGCCGUCAUGUUCUGGCUGACGGACAACUUCCUGAUGAAGAAGGGGAAGGUGAAAGCCAAAUCGGACGGAGACGACGCCAGCUCGGUGCGCUACUACCGGCGCGCUGCCUCGCGGGACGACUCCGAGUCCGAGGUACUCCUGUCGCCGGACGAGUCGGACAAGGUGGACAGCGACCGGGACACGCGGCGCCUCAUCGGCAAUGGCACGGCCGCCAAGAAGAAGAAAGUUCGCUUCGAGAUGCCCGUGUAGCGCCGCCCCCCCCCUGGUGAAGGGAGUCCUACGGUGGAGAGGGUCCGCUUGGCCAGCUGGCACCACCACCACCACCUUCACUGCGACCUCCACCACCGGCACCACGCAGAUGAAGACGUCCGAUCGCUGGUGCCACCACCACCGAGCGCACACACACGCGUCUUAAAGCGUGUGUGUACGCAUUCUGCUUUGUCUUUGUCGAUCUAGGUACAAUCUGGCUAGCCAGACUCGAGACAACCGGCGAUUUAAAUUCUCACCAAAUAUAUCUUCCGCUUAUUGCCGCUUGACUCAAGUUUGAUGGCACGAGACUUUUUAAGUGGCAGCCAUAGGCACAGCGAGAGAGGCGGGGGGGGGGGUACCCGGACGUGAUGUGCGGGUGCGUGGGGUGGGCCGAUGUUGCUGGACUGCCCGGGACCGAACUUGAGGCUGAACCCAAUUUCUCUGCGGACGAACACCGUGACCGCCCCCAAGCGAAACGAACCCAAGCCGCAAAGCCAACCAACCGACGGAUGCGCCUUCGUUUGGCCUAGCGGCACUAAUGCUCGCAAAACGGAACUGAACUGGACUUCUCAUCAUCAUCACCACCACUGCGACAAACUUAUCCUUCAUGGCUGGACAGUGUUGACAUUUCCAAUUAUUUUUUAAAUCUCUGGACAGAUUCGAACAAAGAGCUCGACGGGACAAGCUAGCGGCGUGCAAUUUGGGGGUGGGGGGGUGGUUUGAGGGGGGGUCCAUAUGAUAACGCCGCCAGCGCACGCUCCGUGCAUUACAAACCAACGAGAACCAAACUCAGGGACAAGGCGAGGUCUGCUGCUCGACGCUCCGUUUCUGUGGCUUGCUGUCUACGUUGCAGAGCCACGGGGGAGGUGGCUCGCUGGCUGCACGGAGCCAGGGGGGGUGGGAAGCUCGCUGGCUGCACGGAGCAAGAGGGGAGGAGACUCACUGGCUGCACAGAACCA